GCCGGAGCUCCGGUGAGGCUGAUGGAUUUACCCCCGGACUCAAAACACACACCGGCGGCUUUAAUUCUGCACUCGGACCGUUUAAUGAGCUAAAUGACAGAGACUGCAUGUGCUCGUCACGAUGAGGGUCUGUCAUAUUUCCGAUCUGCUGUGAAAAUGACCUUUACGUGGAUCAAAACAGACGGAAAUUUGGACGGAGGAAGUUGAAGUAAAGCGAAUAACGUUAUAUUAGCCAGCGGCGCUAGCACCGCUUCUCAAACGACACUUAUUUGAUAUUUACAUGCUGUCUGAUUCAAUAUAGUGGAGAUGUAAACGUGUAAAUAGUGUUUUAUAUAGUUUUUGUGUCACCCCGCUGUUUGUUUUUAGUAACGUUACUCUUGAGUUUAUUAGCUUGCUAGCUGUCGUUUGAACUACCUCUGAAGCCAGGACAUGUUGUUUGCCAGUUUAUUUACACUUAAAGUAUAUUUUACGUUAGUUUACUUACAACAUAUUAACAUUUAACUUAUCGUAUAAACAAACAACAUUUCCCACAGCAGUCGUUCAGAGGAGAUCUGUCAUAACACAAGUGUCAACUGUCUCUGAUGCUUCUUAAACUCCUUAGCAGAAACAAAUAUAGACACAGAUGAGACUGUUGACAUGCAGUUAACGUUAGAGUUUAAAGGCCUUCAUGUGUAUGGCUGGGAUUGUUUGUUAGAAUGAGAAAUAUCUGAGUUGGUUUCUCUUCUGAAACUUUGGAGGAGACACUUGUUUGUGAGAUUGCAGUGUCCUAAUAACAAAAUUACAUACAACUCUCCACUUUUCUCCAUUUAAUCUCAUUGCUGUCUCUGAAACCUUUGAGGUUUCCAAUAGAAGGUGUUCGAUAUGCUGUCAGUUUGCUGAAAUCGCAUUUCUAUUAGUUUACAUGAAUAGACAUCCGUAUAGCUGUGUGCUUUAGCAACCUGCUUUUCAAUAACCUUCAUUUUGAAUGAUCUCAGUAUCGAUAAGCUACAAAGAAAAAUGUCUGUGUACUCAAAACUGCCCUCUGAGCUGAAGAAACCCCUUGUGAGAAACACCAUUCUCCUUCUAGUUGGGCUAUAUGGUGCGAAGAAAUUUUCCCCUUAUGUAUAUGACAAGCUCAAAGGAAGGACUAGUAAACAGGUUAAGGCCACAGACCCAGUUACCUCUAAUGGAGAACCUCAAGAAGUGGAAGCCGCAAAGAAAAAGAAAAGCUCCCCGGCUGUGAACCGUGAAUUCUUCGAGAGGUUAAUUCAUCUCUUGAAAAUCCUCUUUCCUCGGCUUUUCUGCAAAGAACUCGGCCUGCUCGGUUUCCACUCUCUAGCCCUCAUUUCACGCACCUUUCUCUCCAUCUAUGUAGCCAAUUUGGAUGGGCAAAUAGUGAAAACCAUUGUGAAGAAAGACCCCAGGGCGUUUGUGGUUGAGUUAACUAAAUGGCUGCUCAUUGCCAUUCCCGCCACAUUUGUGAACAGUGCCAUCCGUUACCUGGAGGGUCAGCUGACCCUCGCCUUUCGCACCCGGUUGGUCACCCACGCCUACAUGAUGUAUUUCAGCGAUCAGACGUAUUACCGUGUCAGCAACAUGGACGGCCGGCUGGCGAACCCUGAUCAGUCCUUGACCGAAGAUGUGGUGAUGUUCGCUGCCUCUGUGGCUCAUCUGUACUCGAACCUGACCAAGCCUAUCCUCGAUGUAGUGGUGACCUGUUACACUCUCAUUAAAACCGCCGAGUCGAAAGGUGCCAACACCACAUGGCCCUCCAUCAUAGCUGGCAUUGUGGUGGCACUUACUGCCAAGAUUCUGAGAGCGUUCUCACCCCGCUUUGGUAAGCUGGUGGCCGAGGAAGCCAGGAGGAAAGGUGACCUGAGAUACAUGCAUUCACGCAUAAUCGCCAAUUCAGAGGAGAUCGCCUUCUAUGGAGGACAUAAGAUCGAGAUGUUGCAGCUGCAGCAGAGCUACGCCUCGCUGUCCAAGCAGAUUAACCUGAUCCUGUUCAAGAGGCUUUGGUAUGUCAUGCUGGAACAGUUCCUGAUGAAAUAUCUCUGGAGCGCAUCGGGCCUGGUCAUGGUCGCCGUGCCCAUCAUCACUGCCACCGGAUAUUCUAAAUAUGAUUCAGAGGAUGUGAAACAGGCAGCCCUGGUGAUGAAGGAGGAGGACUUGGUGAGUGAACGCACACAGGCUUUCACCACGGCCCGGAACCUUCUGAACGCUGCAGCUGAUGCGGUGGAGAGGAUCAUGAUCUCCUACAAAGAGGUCACAGAGCUGGCUGGAUAUACGGCUCGUGUGUAUGAGAUGUUUGAGGUGUUUGAGGAUGUGCAUGCUGGGAUGUACCGCCGUUCGGCCUCAGAGGUGAAGCCAGAGGAGACAGGGGCGGCUCGGAAGAUAAAACAUGGCAUGAGAGUGGAGGGACCGCUCCAGAUCAGAGGUAACGUGAUUGAUGUGGAACAGGGCAUCAAAUGUGAAAACCUGCCCAUAAUAACUCCUACAGGGGAUGUGGUGGUUUCCAGCCUGAAUAUACAGGUUGAUGAAGGCAUGCAUCUGCUGAUCACGGGCCCCAACGGUUGUGGAAAAAGCUCUCUGUUCAGAAUCCUGAGCGGCCUCUGGCCCGUCUACAGCGGAGUGCUUUACAAACCAUCACCCGAGCACAUGUUUUACAUACCUCAAAGACCUUAUAUGUCGGUGGGAACGCUGAGAGAUCAGGUCAUCUAUCCUCACUCUGUUCAGGAGAUGCAGGAGAAAGGCAUCACUGACCAGCAGCUGGAAAACAUCCUCAAAACUGUGAACCUCUGUUACAUCCUGGAGAGAGAAGGAGGUUGGGAUGCAAUGAGCGACUGGAAGGACGUGUUGUCUGGAGGAGAGAAGCAGCGCAUGGGCAUGGCCAGGAUGUUUUACCAUAAGCCUCAAUACGCACUCCUGGAUGAGUGCACGAGUGCUGUGAGUAUUGAUGUGGAAGGCAAAAUCUUUGAAGCUGCAAAGGAUGCUGGGAUUGCUCUUCUCUCUAUUACACACCGUCCUUCUCUCUGGAAGUACCACUCCCACCUGCUGCAGUUUGAUGGCGAGGGCGGCUGGCGCUUUGAAAAGCUGGAUGCCUCCACGCGUAUUUCCCUGCAGGACGAGAAGCUCCGACUCGAGACCCAGCUCUCGGGAAUUCCCAAGAUGCAGCAGCGGCUGGCAGAGCUGUGCCACAUUCUGGGGGAGGACAGCAGUCUGCCGAACCCAGGGGAAGUGGAGGAAGAUGACGGGAUGGAGGGAGAGAGGGAGCACCAGAAGGAGGGGGAGGAGAAGGAGGGAGAUGUAGUAUCUGGUAGAAAAGACAAAGACCUUAUGGAGUGAUAUGAAGACAGAUGACGGAUGCAUUCAAGGCCAGCUGUGAGCGUAUGUGUGUGUGUGUGUGUGUGUGUGCAUACAGUAUAUCUGCCCACAUAUGUUUUAGAUGCAUGCAUUGACUUGAGAAUGUGUUUCUAAUAGGGUUGGGAAUCAAAAACUUAAUCAGAACCAGUUAAAUUUUUUAAAGAAAUACCACAUCGGGAAUCGUUUUAAGGAUGUUUGGUUCUGUUACCGGUUUUAGAACGUUUACAUUCCAGCAACGAUUCAGAAGAAACAGCAAUAAAAUAUGCAAAACAGAUGAACGUAUCAGAGCCACCUUGAACCACCUUUGCUGUUGUCAUGAUGAUCAACGUGCAUCUUGCGUGAGAAUCAGCAAUCAACGGUUGAGUGUGUAAUUGUCGAUUUCCAUGAUUUAAAAAGUCUGUGAAAAUCGGCUAUAACCUUUUCUUUUUCACAGACUUUGAUUACAUUUAGGGUUGUGGGUCAUUCAGAACUGAAUUCAGAAUGUUUUUAACCCUUGUGUUGCAAAAUCCUUUACCUAAUUUGGUGUUCCUGGUCAAAAAAUGACUGGCUUUUUAAAAUAAUUGCUUAUAAAAGUCUUGUUAUACUGUAUUUUCACCAAAUCUUGGAUUUAAUCUUUUUGUCAACUUGUUUUCUUUCAAUCAGCACAGAUUUUGUAUAUCUUUUUUCGAACUGACUGAUCGUAGGCCUUUUUGUUCUAAGCGAAUGCACCUCAGAUUUUGAGUGAAAAAGCAUUGUUUGUGGAUAAUUUUAGCAAUAUUCAUUUUAAAAACUG